GUUGAGACAGCUGACUUCUAAUAAAGACAGACAGAAAGAGGAGAAUAUCUUGAAGUCUUAAUUGUUCAGGCACUGGGGUAAAAUGGUGCCCAUUAUUUUUAUGAGCACAUUUUUGCUUCAUUUUACUGUUUCUGAGACUUUGAACCCGCAAUAUAUCCUAUGGGUCCCCUCUGUGAUUCAAAGUCAUUCUACAGAACAAGCUUGUCUCCACCUUUUAAAUCUGAAUGAAUCUGUGUCCUUGAGUGUUGUCUUAGAAUAUGAUGGAUCCAAUAGCACUAUUUUUGACCAGACUGUGGAAGAGGAUAACUUCCAUUCUUGUGCAAAUUUUGAGGUUUCCCACAAGUCUUCUGAACAGAUGGCUUUUGUGACUCUGUUGGUUAAGGGAGAUACUCUUAAAAUCUUUGAGAGGAGAUCUAUAGCACUCUCUUCAGAAGAGACAGUGACCUUUGUGCAGACAGAUAAACCCAUCUAUAAAUCUGGAGAGAAUGUUAAACUUCGCAUUGUGACACUUGAUACUAAGUUCCUACCUAUCAACGAUGUGUAUCCCUUGAUCACACUUCAGGAUCCUCACAACAAUAGGAUUUUUCAAUGGCAAAAUGUGACCUCUUCUCAAAAUAUUACCGAACUCUCAUUCCAAUUGAUUUUAGAACCAGUGUUUGGAGAUUACUCUAUUGUCGUGAAAGAAAAAUCAGGAAAGACAUUGACACACCAAUUUACUGUUAAUAGAAAUGUGUUGCCCAAGUUUGAAGUUAAGGUCAGUGCACCACAAACAAUAACUAUUUCAGAUGAUGAAUUCCAAGUCAGUGCAUGUGCUAAGUAUACCUUUGGCCAACCUGUACAUGGGAAAGUCCAAGUCCAGGUGUGCAGGGGAUUUUUUUCCUCUGUGGCUUGUGAGAAAGACAAGAAUGAAAUAUGUGAACAGUUUGUUGCACAGUUGAAAAAUGGUUGUGUUUCUCAAAUUGUAAAUACAAAAGUCUUCCAACUCUACCGUUCUGGACUUUUCAUGUCAUUUUAUAUCACCACAACUGUUACGGAAAUUGGGACAGGUGUGCAGAUCAGCGAAAAGUCUUCUAUUUUUAUCACUCCAGUGCUUGGAAGUGUGAGCUUUGAGAACAUGGACCCUUUCUAUAGAAGAGGAAUUUCUUAUUUUGGAACUCUUAAAUUUUCCGGCCCUAAUAAUGUUCCAAUGGUGAACAAGUUAUUGCAGUUGGACCUCAAUGACAGAUUGAUAGGAAACUACACCACAGAUGAGAAUGGUGAAGCUCAGUUUUCCAUUGAUACUUCUGAUAUAUUUGAUCCGGAGUUUCGUCUGAAAGCCAUAUAUAUCAGACCACAAAGCUGCUACCUUCCAAGCUGGUUAAUUCCAGAGUACAUGGAUGGCCAUUUCUCAGUCCAACGCUUCUACUCACGAACCAGCAGCUUCCUAAUGAUUGAGCCUGAACCCAAGGAACUUAGAUGCAAUCAAGAGAAGAUUGUUACUAUACAUUACUCUCUAAACAGUGAAGCAUACAGGGAUGAUUCAAACAUCAACUUCUUCUAUUUGGUAAGUCUCAGUGGUGAGUCAGGAAACUUCUGGUACUGUGUCUGCUGCUCAUCUCUCAUUUACACAGCCUGGAAGGGAAACAUCUCCUUCCCCAUCAAUGUCAGUGCUGAUCUGGCUCCUGUGGCUGUCAUGCUUGUCUACACUCUUCACCCCAGUGGGGAAAUCAUAGCUGACAGUGUCAAAUUCCAGGUGGAAAAAUGCUUUAAAAACAAGGUUAGCAUAAAGUUCUCGAAGAAGCAGGGACUACCGGGCUCCAGCACUGGUCUCCAUCUUCAGGCAUCCCCUGACUCGGUCUGUGCCCUCCGGGCUGUGGAUAAAAGCGUUCUCCUACUGAAGUCAGAACAACAGCUGUCGGCGGAAAGUGUGUACAAUAUGCUCCCAAAUACAGAACUGUAUGGUUAUUUCUAUCGUGGUCUCAACCUUGAUGAUGGCAAGCUAGACCCUUGCAUUCCUCAGAAAGAUAUGUUUUACAAUGGCUUGUAUUAUAUACCUGUAAGCAACCAUGGGGAUGGAGACACCUAUGAUAUUGUCAAGGAUAUGGGUCUGAAAGUCUUCACCAAUCUCCAUUACCGGAAACCAGAAGUAUGUUCAACGGAGAAAAGCAUGCCAUACCGUGGGCCGCUCUAUCUAGAAUCGGGAGGAUAUGGACCCAUGUACAGUGCCCCAUUGAAAAUUGCAUGUGGGGAGAAUUUUGACUCCAUAGAACGGGUUAUAAUUGAAACAGUAAGAACAAACUUUCCGGAAACAUGGAUUUGGGACCUGGUCAGCAUUGACUCCUCCGGUUCAGCAAAUCUUUCAUUCACCAUCCCUGAUACUAUAACCCAAUGGGAAGCAAGUGGCUUCUGUGUGAACGGUGAGGCUGGAUUUGGCAUUUCAUCAGUAGCUUCUCUGGAAGCCUCCCAACCUUUCUUUGUUGAAAUAACCUCCCCCUCUUCAGUUGUUCGGAAUGAACGGUCUGAUCUGAUUGUCAGUGUCUUCAGCUACCUGAAUACCUGUGUAGAGAUUUUCACUCAACUAGAAGCAUCUCAGGAUUUUGAGGCAGAUAUCAGUACCCCUAAAGACAACAGCAGUGAGAUUAUCCAAGCUUCAGAGAAAAAGACCUAUGUCUGGACUGUUACUCCUAAGAAGCUGGGUAAAGUGAAUAUCACUGUAGUUGCUGAGUCCAAGCAAAAUAGUGCUUGCCCAAAUGAAGCACCUGAGAGGCAGAACCUGAACUGGAAAGACACUGUGAUCAAAAGUCUGUUGGUACAGCCUGAAGGUAUGGAAAAAGAGAUGACUCAAAGUUUCCUUAUCUGUACACAAGGCACCAAAGUCUCCAGGCAGGUAGAUUUGAAUUUGACAAAUGAUGCCGUAGAAGGAUCAACCAGGGCCUUUUUCACUGUUGUGGGGGAUAUUCUAGGACUUGCAAUACAGAAUCUGGAGAAUCUUUUUCAAAUGCCCUAUGGAGGUGGAGAACAGAAUAUUGCCCUGCUAGCAUCUGAUACCUACAUCCUAGACUAUCUGAAAUCUACUAAACAACUGACAGAGGAAGUUAAAUCUAAAGCUUUAUUCUUCUUAUCUAAUGGUUAUCAGAAGCAGUUGUCUUUCAAAAACUUGGAUGGUUCCUAUAGUGUGUUUUGGCAGAGGAAUCAGGAAGGAAGCAUACGGCUCAGUGCUCUUACUUUUAAGACAUUUGCGGGAAUGAAGAAAUAUGUCUUCAUUGAUGAACUGGUUCAAAGGGAGACCUUGAUCUGGCUUGCAAGCAAACAGAAAAUAGAUGGCUGCUUUAAAAGUGAUGGCAAGCUUUUCAGCAAUGCCUGGGAGGUUGGAGAUGAAGAGGACAUUGUACUCACUGCCUAUAUCGUUGCUGCAUUCCUUGAAGCUGGACUCAAUUUCACUUUUCCCGCUCUACGAAAUGGGCUCUUUUGCUUAGAAGAGGCCUUGGAAAAUGGUGUCAAAAAUGGCUACAACCUUGCAGUUCUAGCUUAUGCUUUUGCAUUGGCUGGAAAAGAGGAGAAAGUGGAAUCCUUACUCCGGACCCUGGAUCAAUCUGCUACAAAAUUAAAUAAUGUGAUAUAUUGGGGAAAAGCAAAGAAACUCAAGACAGAGGCACCUCCACUCUUUAUUCCUUGGGCACCUUCUGCUGAGAUGGAGAAGACUUGCUAUGUGCUGUUGGCUAUCAUUUCCCAGAAAAACCCUGACCUGACCUACGCUAGUAAGAUUGUUCAGUGGCUUGCCCAACAGAUGAAUUCUCACGGAGGCUUCUCCUCCCCUCAGGAUACGCCCGUCUGCCUUCUUGCCAUAACCCGCUACAUGAAUUUAAUCUUCUCUGAUGAUCAAGUCACUGUCAGCUUAAGCAGUGAAGAAUUCAACAAGAUUUUCCAGGUUAAUGGUGAUAAUCAAUUACUGGUUCAACGUUCAGAACUAACAAAAGCAGGUGGACAAUACACAGUAGAUGUGGAAGGACGAGGUUGUGCAUUUAUCCAGGCUACCAUGAAGUAUAAUGUGCUACUACCUAAAAAAGAAUCUGGAUUUUCCCUUUCCUUACAAAUAGUAAAGAAAAACUCUUCGGAUGUAUUCCAGAGUAAUUUUGACCUGACAGUAACCCUCAGAUAUACGGGAACUCACAGUAACUCCAACAUGGUCCUUGUUGAUGUAAAAAUGCUAUCAGGAUUUACUCCAGUCAUGUCAUCCAUUGAAGAGCUUGAAAACAAUGGCCAAGUAAUGAAGAGUGAAUUCAAGAAUGACCAUGUUCUUUUCUACCUGGAAAAUGUUUCAGAUACAGCAAAGAGUUUCACCUUCUCUGUUGAGGAAAUCAACCAUGUGGCAAACAUUCAGCCAGCCCCAGUCAUUGUCUACGAUUAUUAUGAAAAAGAUGAAUAUGCCCAUGCUUCUUACAAUAUCAACAGUGUUCCUGUUUCUCAGUGAGACAAAACAAAAUACACAAAAAAGGUAGAAAACAAUUUACUUUGAAUGAACUCAUUCUCCUGUCUCAAACCUGGAAGAAAUCCAUGAACCACCUCACAUUCUGAAUAGAGUUCACUCUGCUAUGAGUUCUUAUCAGAGUUCGUUUCAAUAAAUGCUGUGAUUUUUGCA